CUUCGCUUGUUCCGUCCAUAAAUAGAUGCUCCAAGCUAGCAACAUUCCUCACUAACCCCUCAGCCAACAAGCGCGAGUGUGUCGAUCGCCAUGGGAUCCGGCUGUCAUGCCAUGAACGAGGAGCCAAAUGGCUCCAAGGCGGUGACCCUCCUGUUCCGCCUGUCCACGAUGGUGCUGGCGCUCACCUCGGCGGUCGUCAUGGCGACGGCGAGCGAGUGCUCCAUCUUCGAGCCCCACGGUUCCAGGGUCACCGUCACCUUCAAAAACUACCCACCAUUUGUCUACCUGGCAUGGGUAAACAUCGCGGCGACUAUCCUGGAGGCGGCCGGGAUCUACCUACAGGUUGGUAAGGGCGGCGACGGCGACGACGAGGCGCCAAAGCUCCCCCGUGUCAUCCUGGUUGCCAUCGACGUCGCCGUGCCGGCGCUGCUCAACACGGCCACGGGCGCCGUGUUCUCGGCGGUCGUCGCCUACGGUCCGCAGAUCAGCGCCUGCACUGGCACCGCCGGCAGGUUCUGCGAUCAGGCGAACAGGUCCAAGCUCUUCUCCUUGGCCGCCAGCAUCUCCGCCGCUUCCGCCGCCGUAGCUAAGGACGUCUCGCUACCGUUCUCCGUGUGGCCCAUGUCGUCAGACGAGUAGACGACUGCUGAUAUUUGUCGUUAUCUGGUGGUCGCCGUUUGCAAUGUUUGCAAACACAAGGCUGUGUUGCUGCUGACGCUGAGUGUACGUCGUUUUAAUCCUGUCAGUAACAGUGUGUUGAUGCAAGUCAUCAUCCUACACUAUGCCAGUUCUUCAUUGCUUUAUCUUGUCAAUACUAAAUGGCUAUUUCCUUCAUCAAUAAAUACAAGGGAUUUUGUCGUUUCCA